AAAAGAAAGAUGGCCAUAGCUAACGUUAGCUAGCUGGUGGGUCUCGGAAAAUGUUGCGUUCUUGAUCUUUUCUUGUCUUUUUACUCUUCGAAUGAGCCUCGGCCUGGACUGUAAACCGGCCCGCCGACAGUGUGAAGACUGAGGCAGGAAAUAAGCGCCACUGUGCGGUGUUGGAGCGGUUUAUUGAGGAGUUUUUUUGGCGGUUGUGUGUGUUUGUGCACCGGGAGGGGGUCGUGUCUCCUCCGGUCAGCUGUCCAUCAGUUAAACGUCAGGGAGGAUUGUGGGAAACAGCAGCCAUGGCAGCUCCAGUAAACAUCCAGACUCCCAGUAAGACCUGGGAGCUGAGUCUGUACGAGCUGCACAGGAGUCCUCAGGAAGCGAUCAUGGACGGGACGGAGGUGGCGGUGUCUCCUCGCUCUCUGCACAGCGAGCUGAUGUGUCCCAUCUGUCUGGACAUGUUGAAGAACACCAUGACCACCAAAGAGUGUCUGCACCGCUUCUGCUCCGACUGCAUCGUCACCGCGCUGCGAUCAGGGAACAAAGAGUGUCCGACCUGCAGGAAGAAGCUGGUUUCCAGGCGUUCGCUGCGCAGAGACUCAAACUUCGAUGCGCUGAUCUCAAAGAUCUACCCGAGCCGUGACGAGUACGAGGCCCACCAGCGCCGGGUCCUGGACCGACUCAACAGGCUGCACAACAAGGAGGCGCUGAGCUCCAGCAUCGAGGAGGGGCUCCGCCAGCAGGCCCGCUACAGGUCCGAGAGGAGCCACCGGGUGAAGAAGCUGACUCAGGAAAGUGACAACACCACCUUCAGCGGCGGAGAGGACAACGGCGAUGCGCGAUCGCACCUGUCCCAUGACUCUGCCCCCUCACACACCCCCCACCCCUGCAGUCAGACCCCCUCAGAGGCCGGGCCGAGCCGCAAGAGGCCUCGAGUCUCAGACGACGGCUCGGGGCCCGAGGCGGACAGCGGGAGCCCGACGCCUCCGCUGAGACGCCAUAAAGAGGGGCCGGCCUCAGAGAUCGAGCUGGUGUUCAGACCACACCCACAGCUGGUCCACGCCCAGGACUACAACCAGACCAGAUAUGUGAAGACGACAGCCAAUGCUACAGUGGACCAUCUGUCCAAAUACCUCGCUCUGCGCAUCGCUCUGGAGGACAGGCGGACCAACGGGGAGGCCGAGGCCAGAGGAAAGGAGGAGGGAGGCGGAGCAGAGGAGGGAGGAGAAGCUGGAAGAGCGGCAGGAGGCGGAGAGGGGUCGAGUCUGAGCAACAUCAGUGAGAAACAGUACACCAUCUACAUCAUGACCAGGGGAGGACAGUUCUCUACGCUGAAUGGCUCUCUGACCCUGGAGCUGGUCAAUGAAAAAUACUGGAAGGUCAGGAAGCCGUUGGAGCUUUACUACGCCCCCACCAAGGACCAACAGCAGCCACAGCCACAGCAGCAACCCCAACAGAAGUCUCCUCCCCCACAGAGGGAGGGGUGAGGACGGGCAGGGAGCUGCUUUUCUCUCCUUCCAUUUAACCACACCUUCUUUUUGAAGAUGGAAGUUCAGCUGCCAGUUUUCACAUUAUCAACUUCAUUUGAUUUCAUCUGUAAACUGAAUCUGACCUGAGACCUGAUUUUUGCAGCUGGAUUUACCAAGAAGAAAAUAACCAAACCACUAAAUAACAGCUGGUAAUGUUUUUGUUUCCUUAUGCGGAGGCUGCUCUGGUGAACAGGCUGGUUGUUUUCUGACGGUUUACGGAGGAGAUGUCACUGUGGCUGAUGGACCUGGAGAUGAGUGGGACCACUUUUCUUUUUUCCUCCUGAUAUGAAACAUCUGCUACUUGUUCGCCUGUUUUCCAUCAUCUGGAUCUUAUUAUUGAAUAUAGAAUAAUUAACGAACAGACUCGUUUACCAAAAAAAAGAUAAAUGUGUUUCAGUUCUGAAUCUAAAUGGGAUUUUUUUUGUCCACUUCUUACUUUUCUCAAAAUUAACAAGUUUUAUUAUUUCUCCCAACUCAAAUU